UUUUUUUUAUUCUCUUUUUCUCUUUAUAUUCUUUAUUUUUUUUUUCUCACUCUCUUUUUAUUUUCUACUUUAUAACGACUUAAUUCAAGAAGGAGAAAAAUAACAAUAAUAACAACAUACCCACCAACGUCUUUUCUUUUUUAAUAUUAUUGGUUACAACAAAACAUCAUUAUAAAAAAAAAAAAACAAAAAAAAAAAACGAUAAUACACCAAAAGUUUGGUCAUCAUGGGAUUAUGCCAAUCCUCUUCACAACGUCAAUCAGCUGAAGCGAAACGAAGUCAUGAAAUUGAUAAGGAAUUGGAAAGAGAACGGAAACAACAAACGAGACAUUGUAAAGUACUCUUAUUAGGUAGUGGAGAAUCAGGCAAAUCAACUAUAUUGAAACAAAUGAAAAUUAUCAAUCAAAAUGGAUUUUCUCAAGAAGAAUUGGCAGGAUGGCGAACCAUUGUCUAUCGGAAUUUGUUGGAUUCGGCUCAAGCGAUUAUUCAUGCGAUGCGGCAAUUUGAAUUUCAAUAUUAUACUCCAAAACUUGAAACAAGUGUAAAUCAUUUAUCACAAGAGAUGGAUCCAAAUGCAACACGGAUAGAUACAGAAACAGUGAAAUAUUUACAUACUCUAUGGAAGGAUCCCAAUAUUCAAAGAUUUUUGGAAGAAAGACGAAGUGAUUUUUAUCUUAUGGAUAAUGCAUCAUACUUUUUUGAUGAUCUAGAUCGGAUCGGCAAACCGGAUUAUGUACCUACAGAACAAGAUGUCUUGCGGGCAAGACUAAAGUCCACAGGCAUCACGGAAAUCACCUUUCAAUUAGAUCGAUUGACUAUCCAUAUGUUUGAUGUAGGUGGACAACGAUCAGAACGAAAGAAAUGGAUCCAUUGUUUUGAAUCUGUCAUGUCGAUUAUCUUUUGUGUAGCACUUAGUGAAUAUGAUCAAGUCUUAUUGGAAGAUUCAUCAGAAAAUCGUAUGAUUGAAAGUAUUCGAUUAUUUGAAUCUAUUGUCAAUAGUCGAUGGUUUUUACAUACUUCUAUUAUGUUAUUUUUGAACAAGGCUGAUUUAUUUAAAGUUAAAAUUGAACAUGUACCUUUGGAACGUUGUUUUCCUGAUUAUAAAGGUGGAAAUGAUGCAAAUAAGGCUGCUAAAUAUAUUUUAUGGCGAUUUUUACAAACCAAUCGAGCAAAACUUCAUAUUUACCCACAUUUGACUCAAGCAACUGAUACAACUAAUAUUCGAUUCGUAUUUGCUGCUGUGAAUGAAACCAUCCUACAGAAUGCUCUGCGAGAUUCUGGUAUGCUGUGAAUUCAAAUCUCUUUUUUUUUUUAUUUUAUUUUUUUUAUUCUAGUACCCUCCAUCUAUUCCUUUUUUUAUAUUACAUUCUUAUUAUUCUACCUUUAUUAUUGUGUCAAUUAUCUUCAUCACAGCAUAUCCUCUCAUUCUUUGUUUUCUAUUACACAUAAUCUCUCCUAUUUAGUUUUUGUCUUAGUUUAGUUUAGGUUUUUUUUUUUAAUCUUUAAUAUAUCGUGUGUAUGUAGUCUUCUUUUUUUUUUACUGCCACUAUAUUCUCUAUAACCAACGCGCUGUCGGGAACUGAAAUAUUGAUUGAUUUUCGUUUUACACCUGCCAUUUUUUUUUUUUUUU